CUAAAAUCUAAAUCAAUGGCGUCACCGUCAAGGACCCAACCCGCUGCUUGCAAUUUGUAGUUUCCUUGUGUAUUUCGGGUACUGGAGUUCAUUAUAAAGAUUUAUUUAGUCAUAGUGUUAUAAAACGUAAUUGAAAGUUCAGUGAAAGGUGCUAUGAAAUACAAAUUACAUGAUAAAUUUUAAAUUAAACAAAUAAAACAAUUGAAAAAGGAAAUCUUUUAAAAAUAUAUCGUACACAACCAACAAGAUGCAAACAAUAAAAUGUGUUGUGGUGGGUGAUGGUGCUGUGGGUAAAACCUGUUUGCUAAUCAGUUAUACUACGAACAAGUUUCCUUCUGAAUAUGUACCAACUGUUUUUGACAACUACGCUGUGACUGUUAUGAUAGGAGGUGAACCAUACACCUUGGGGCUCUUUGAUACUGCAGGUCAAGAAGAUUAUGAUAGACUGAGACCUCUAAGUUAUCCACAGACGGAUGUUUUCCUUGUUUGCUUCAGUGUGGUCAGUCCAAGUUCGUUUGAAAAUGUUAAGGAAAAGUGGGUACCAGAAAUAACUCAUCAUCAGCAGAAAACACCUUUUCUUUUGGUGGGAACUCAAAUAGAUUUACGAGAUGAUCCAGCUACCAUGGAAAAGCUAGCUAAAAUAAAACAAAAGCCUGUUUCACUUGAACAGGGGGAGAAGCUUGCAAAGGAGUUGAAAGCUGUUAAAUAUGUUGAAUGCUCAGCUCUUACUCAGAAAGGGCUAAAGAACGUGUUUGACGAAGCAAUUCUAGCUGCUCUGGAGCCUCCGGAGCCUGUGAAGAGGAGGAAAUGUGUUCUGUUGUAAUGUGUCAACAGUCACUUUUUCUGUGUCUACUAUCAAAAUGAUUACUGCGAUUAUGCGACCAGCAUAAGAUAACACUACGUUCAUCUUAUUUUUAUUAUCAUUACUAUUGAAUAUGCCAUAACUAAAAAAUAGCAAUAUCGAAAUAAGUCUUGUGCUACAGUAUCCUAUUUGGGCUUUUAAUAUUUUCAAUAUACUUGAUUAAUGUUGUAAGACAAGUUUAUAUGACGUCAUUUGUCGGCUAUUAAUUAUUAACAUUUGUAAGUCAUUUGUACCUAUUAAUAGUAUUAUAUAAAACAAUUUUGAUACUUUAUAACCUAUAUCGAGUUAAUCAGUUUUAUUAACCUUAACAAUGUUAUGAAAUGGUUAUAUGCUUUCAAUCACAAGACUUAUAAAUUUACAUUAUUUAUUGUUCUUAUGUGUUGUUUUGCAUAUUUGUAAUUUAAGAUUUCUAUAGAGGUGGAGAUUUUCAACAAGACUAUACAUUUUCAUUGCUCACUGAUACACUAUAAGUUCCGAUAAAUUAAGAAAUUUAAAUAAAUAUAAUAUGAUAAUGUCUACAGUACAUUGUCUUCCUUACAUUUGGAUUAACACAAUUUUUCAAUUACAUUAGUGGAUGUACUUCAUACAAUAGAAAGACUAAUUAUUUUAAAUACAAAAUGUCACAUGCUAACAUAAAUCAACUGAAAAAAAAACAACUAUAUAUAUAAACAGUCAAAAUAUUAAUUAAAAAAGUAUGAAAAAAAUUGUAAAACAAAUUGUUAAUUCAUAGAUGUGAAAACGUUAUUAUAAUUAAUCAUUAAAUCAAAAAAGGCUGUAAGUACUUCAUGGGUUCUCUGAAUGUUCCACCUCUUAAAUAAUUAUUUAAUCGGUAUAUUGAAUAAAUAUAAUUGCGAUGGACUAUUAGGUUUAACCAUAUUAAUUUCUCUAAACAUUCAUUAACAAUUAAUUUUAUGAAGUCGAUGAGAUUAUUGUUACGUGGUUCUGUCCGCGUACCACUAAUAUCAUCGUGGGGUUAACUAUACAGAGUAUAUUAUGGUGUGAAUAUCAAUUAUUAGAAUUUAUCUUUAGUAAAAGUAGCAUUUUUAUCACAAUGUAUUGCUUUGUGAAUUUUGACUGAAAUGAAAGUAUUCAUUCCGUAGAAUGUUUUUGCAUUUUUCAUAUACGCACUGCAAUAUUUAUAAGGAUAAUACAAUGUAACCGCUUGCGCUAUUAUUAUGCAGCAGAUGCCAUUGUCCCGGUUUUAUACUCUGUAUAUGCUGUUGCCUCGACACAAAGAAACGCACAGGGACGUACCACCAAGUAUCACUACAGUAUUGUUUCCUCUCGCCUUCCUCGAUAAUUAUGCUCAGGUAAUAUGUAUGUACUCAUAAUAAGAAAGACUUUUAUACAAAGAAAAAUGCAGUGCAUUUCACUCAUUAAUUUAAUAUUACUCUUGUUUGUAUGAAUAUUUGCAUUCAUUAUUAUAAUUAUAAUUGCGUUUUGAAUAUACCAUACUUUAUGUAAAUAUGAAUGAUUAUCACGAUUUUAUAUGAAAUUAAAUAUGUACUGAGUUUAAAGGUAUUAUAUUAUUGACAUUCGGGGUAUUAAGAAUAUAUAACAUGUGCGAAUAAUUAUAAACGACUUUCAUUUAAUAUUUGGGUUAUAAAAUUUUUCUUUGUGUCAGUAAUUAGAUUUAGGUGUAUAUUAAAUUAAUAAAUGUAAGAUUAAA